AUGAACCAGCAGCGCUCGCGUCGUUUCAAGGCCAUCAAGGAGAGCAAGGAGAAGGCUGAGAAGGAGGCGGAGAUCGUGCAGGAGAUGAUCCGCAUGGGCAAGGAGAUCCCUCCGAAGGAGGACAAGCCUCACUUCGACUCAAACACUAUCACGCCUGGCACGCCUUUCAUGGCCAAGGUGGCACAGUCGCUCCAAUACUACAUCAAAGAGCGCCUGCUUACCGAUCCCGGGUGGAAAGGCAUCAAGGUGAUCCUGUCCGACGCCAGCGUACCUGGAGAGGGCGAGCACAAGAUCAUGGACUACAUUCGAUAUCAGCGUUCUCAGCCCGAGUACGAGCCGAACACUUCGCACGUCCUCUACGGAUUGGACGCCGAUCUGAUCAUGUUGGCUCUCGCCACCCACGAGCCCCACUUCUUCAUUCUUCGAGAGAUCGUCAUGCAAGCAAACGAAAACAAUUGCUUCAUCUGUGGCCAGCCAGGCCAUCUUGCAAGCGACUGCCAGGGCAAGGCGAAGGAGAAGGGUAACGAUACCGACACCAAGGCGGCCAUCAGAAAGCCGUUCCAAUUUCUUUACGUCUCCGUACUCAGAGAGUACUUGACAAGAGAUCUGAAGCCCUCGCAAGCUCAACAGCUGCCGUUCGAGUUCGACCUGGAGCGAAUCAUCGACGACUUCGUUUUCAUGUGCUUCUUCGUGGGUAACGAUUUCCUGCCUCACCUGCCUACGCUUGAGAUCAGAGAGAACGCCAUCGACAUGCUGGUGCGAAUCUACAAGCGGAUAUUGCCCACCCUGGGCGGCUACCUCACACACGACGGUGAAGUCGACCUGCGCAGAGUCAAGGUGCUCAUGGAGGAGGUCGGCCGGCUCGAGGACUCCAUUCUCGUGGAGCGAAGAAGGAAAGAGCAAAGGGCCAAGGAGAACCGAAGACGGGGCCGGGAGCGAAGAAAGCGGCAGAGAGAGGAUCUGGAGAACUUCAUCGCCAACCCGAAGGACCAGGAGGCCAACACAGGAGGCAAACGAGCCAAGCACUUCGAGGCAGGCAAGGAGGAGCUCAUCACGCCCUCCAACCUCGAUGCUGCCGCUGCCCUCAAGAAGCAGCUCUUCGGCGAUGACGACGGCACCACGCAAACGGAAACGGAAAUGGUUACGGAGAAGAAGCCACCAGCCGAGAUCCAAUCGGCCAGCGCUGCCUACAAGACUGCCAUCGCCGCCCAAGGCAAACCCCGCGACCCCGAUGAAGAGGAGCCAGAGAUACCGGACGACGUGCGUCUGGGUGACCCCGGCUGGAAGGAGCGAUAUUACAAGCUCAAGUUCGAUGUCGAGAUUACCGACAAGGAGUUCAUCAAGAAGGUGGCCAUGGAGUACACGGAAGGCCUUGUCUGGGUGCUGAGAUACUAUUACCAGGGCUGUUCGUCGUGGGGCUGGUUUUAUCCCUUCCACUACGCUCCCUUCGCCGACGACAUGACUCUCAUCGACGACGAGUCCCCCAAGCACGAACUUGGAAAACCGUUCAAGCCCUUUGAGCAGCUGAUGGGCGUGUUGCCGGCUGAGUCCGGUACCUGUCUGCCCAUGAAGUGCCAGGUCAUGAUGCGCCAUCCUCAGUCGCCCAUCAUCGACUUCUACCCCAACGAUUUCGCCCUCGACAUGAACGGCAAGCGCUGGGCUUGGCAAGCGGUGGCUCUCCUGCCCUUCAUCGAUGAGAACCGAUUGAAGGAGGUCAUGAAGGAGUGCGAACCGCACUUCUCGGCCGAGGAGCAGGAGCGCAACAAGCUCGGGAACCACUUGAUCUUCGUGCACGCCUCCCAUCCGCUCGCGUCGACCUUCAAGGCUCUGGAGGACGACUCCUUGGCGCCGGCCGCUGCCACCCCCGCGGAGGGAGACAGUGUCGCCUACUUGAGCGCUACCCCGCAGGAAGAGACCAAGUCGGCUGUUCCCUCGAACGACCAGGAGCCUAUCGAGCACAUGGGCAAGAAGCUGCCCAUUCCGGCGGACCUCUCGGGAGGGCUGACCGGGUUCCUCUCGCGCACGGAGAAGUUCUCGACGCCCAUCGGCGGCACGAUCCAAAGUCCGCUGAACGUGAUGCCCGACGUGAAGAACAACCAGUCCUACUGCGCCUUUUACCACUACCCGGCCGUGCCCAAGGACUACGUCUUCCCGGCCAAGCUCCUCCCCAACGUCACGAUGCCGGCCCCGAUCCUCACCGAGGAGGACCUCUCCGACCGCAGGCAGAUGCAGAUCAGUAGGGAGGGAGUCGGGCGGGUGAUGGGCCAUCACCAGCGCACACCCUCGGACCCGGGCCUGCUCGGCAACAACCCCCAGGGAGGUGGCGGAAGAGGCGGCUACCAGGGCUACCAAGGCGGAGGCCACUAUGACCGGCCACCUCGGCGCUCGUACGAGAACGAUCGUGGCGGCGAUUACCAGCGCGGCGGAUACGGCGGUGGUGGAGGCAGGGACAACUACCAAGGCGGCCGAGGCGGCCGAUACGGUGGGGGCGGCGGCGAUCGAUAUGGCGGCGACCGCUACGGUGGCGGAGACGGCGAUCGAUACGGCGGCGGCGGCGGCGGCGGCGGCGAUGGGGGCAAGGCGGCGGCGGUUACAGCGGAGGCGAUCGAUAUGGCGGCGGCGACCGCUACGGUGGCGGAGACGGCGAUCGAUACGGCGGUGGCGGAAGAGACAACGAUCGCUAUAGCAACCGAGACAACUACGGCAGAGACAACUACGGCCGGGACAGAUACGACGGCGGUGGUGGACGGGGCGGUUACGGCGGUGGUGGACGAGGCGGCUAUGGCGGCGGCGGCGGCGGAGCUUACGCCGCGCCCCAGGCGCCCUACGGCCAGCAGCCUGCGCCAGCCCCUGCGCCCUACUACGCGCAGCAGGCCGCCCCCGGGGCCUAUACGCCCCAGCCCCCGGCGCCCUACGGUCAGCCGCAGCAGCCGCAGCAGCAGGCCUACUCGCCCUACGGGGUUCCGGCGGCCCAGGCGCCCUACAACCCCUACGCUCCGGCCGUUCCCGCCGCAGCGCCCGGCUACGGAGCACCGGCGCCCCAGGCCCAGGCCUGGCCCCAGCAACCACAGGCUCCUCAGGCCCAGCCAGGAGCGGACCCGCAGGCACAGGCGCAGGCGAUUCUGGCUCAGUUGCAGCAGCUGGUGCAGAUGCAGAAUCUUGCCGGCCUGCAGCAGCAGCGCCCACCGCAGUAAUCUCUCUCUCCCCCCUUGGCACCAGCCACCCAGGGCCAUGGCUGCAAUAAACAUGUUGGCUCUUGCAAGUUUGGCACGCCUCUGCGCGUGUGUGCGUGUGCGGUGGUGCGUGCGGUGGACCAAAAAAGGAAAAGCAUAG